ACACUAUACACGUAAACGGUUGCAAACAGAGUAAACUAUGACUAAGAAAUAACAACUCUUACUUAGUUUACCCAGAUAGGAAGUGUUUACUAUUUACAGGAAGACAACAUCAGAGCCGAUUCUAGUUAAACCCUUUUAAAACAUAAACAAACAGGAAAUCACCUUAUCUACACGCACUGUGAAAAUAUCACACCUCAUGUUGCCGCACAAGAGACCGGAAGAUUUCAAGCAAUGACAUUGAUGAAAUACCAAGAACCCGAGAUGAAGUAAUACACAGAAUUUUUUUCCGAAAUGUUAAGAGCACCGAUAUCGUUAUAAAUAUUUAGAGACACAGAAUGCAAACUGGAUACAUUCUUGGGCUUUUGAGCCUUCCCAUUUUCUUGGAAGGAUGCUGUCCGAAAAACCAUCAAGUGAAAAUAACAGGGGUUCAGCCACAGCAGCACUACAGAGCUGUGGAGGGGGAGAUCUUCUGGAUGCCGUGCAUACAGUCUUUGAACCAGCACAAGCAGAAGGUGUGGUCCAGGACUGGAGAAGGAGAUGAAGGAAAUCAUGGCAUCCCGUGUGAAACGCUGUUUCACAGUGGAAGCAAAACAUUCUGGAAAGUACUCGAGAUGUAUACACCAGUGUCUUCUUGGCAAGGCCGAGACUCCUGUGUGGACGAGACUGGGCGGUUACAUCUCUGUCAAGUCUACAAAGAGGACACUAGUGUGUUUUUCUGCAACAGAAAGAUAAUUGAUCAAGGACUCACAUGGACCCUCAGGAGAGCUCUGAACCACCAAGUGACCCUCCCAGGGUUGAUAGGCCCCGUGGCAUUGAGACGCAUGAAGUGGAGCUUGGUAAGGGUGUCCACAUGUCAUUCCCACACUCUGGUGUGUGAGGCGAGUUUUAUAACUGAGAAAACCUUAUCAGUGGGAUGGUACAUGAAUUACGGUGGCAACCUGGAGAAUAUGACUCUACUACCCAUGGAGGAGGAAAAGAAGUGGGACUCUACACAGACCAAAGUCUCAAGAGACGCUAUCAUAGAAAAGGUGACUCUACAACACUUGAACCACACAUAUACCUGCAUCGCCAAAAAUAGUGUUGGAAACAGCACUGGCACCAUCAAGCUCAAGAAGAAAAUUAAAGUACAUUUUCCAUCGCUGGUUGGGUAUCCAUUUGCAUCUUUGUUGCUGAUAUCUGGACUAGGAAUCAUCUUGCACAUGAAAUGGCUGGAAAUACAGCUUAUCUACAGAUCUCGUGUACAACACGGAAAACAUGACAAGGAUGAGAAAGAAUUUGAUGUGUUUCUGUCGUUUGUAUGGAGCCCAUCAACAGAUUUGGAGGGAGUUUUGACCCUUUCCGCACAGAAAGGACCUCAUGAGGAAGCAUGUUUAUCCAGCAUGGACCUGCUGAACACUGAGGAGGGUAAAUCCACCUUAGAAGUGCUGCUACCCCGAGUGUUGGAAGACCAGUGGGGGUAUCGCCUGUGUCUGCUGGAGAGGGACGUUCUUCCUGGAGGAGCAUACACAAAUGAUGUGGUCCUUGCUAUACGCAGAAGUCAGAUGCUGAUCUGUGUCCUGUCAGCUGACUAUCUCUCCAACAGCAAUGCUUUGUUCGUGCUGGAAUCGGGAGUUCAGGCUUUGCUGCAAAACACUGCCCUUAAACUCCUGCUGAUUUGGACCACUAGAGACUCAGCAGCCCUCAUCCAGCCGGACCCCCCGGCCAGCAUGGUCAAAAGGGCCUUGAAGGUGCUUCCCAGUCUGGACUGGAGCUCAGGCAAAACUGCCAGGACGACCAGCAGCUUCUGGAGGUCUCUGAGGAAGGCCAUGCCCAGUCAAAGAGUGAACAUGGUUUCCCUCAUGCAGGGACAAUUAACAGACUGACCAAGAACUUCAUUCUAAAAUGUUCAGUUCAUUUAUUUUAUAAAGCAGCUUGUAUUAUUGGAUUAAGCACCUGUUGCAGGCCAACGCAAGUGAGGGGGAAAAAGUGAGUCACCAUUUGUUGCACUCAAGGAGUGUAUGCUGAUCUUUAAUUUCCAUCUGUACCACAACUGUGUUAAGUAAUGUAAGUAAUAAUUACCGUUUCAUACAACACCGGCAUUAAACAUUAAGAAUUAAAUAAAUGAGGGAUUUCUGAUAGUACUGAUAGUCAUGAUCAAAGUAUAACCCAAACAAUGUUUACAUUUGUACUUAUAUUACCUUUAAUAUGGCUGUUUGUAAAGGUUUAAGAACAGUAAACUUGUCAGUUGUAGAUCAUCUGUUGUCUCAGCAUACAGCAAUAAACAUUUGACACAAUA